AUGGUUGAGUACAUAGAAAAUAGAAGGAAACAAAACUCUAAUUAUGAGAAAGUUAAGGUUAAAUGUGACGGUAUUGAUUUGUUAUUUUUGGGUUAUGCAGACUCUUUUAAAAAACUAAGCAAACGGACUCAAGUAAACGUUAAAUUCGAUAUCGCAAAAAUAUUGAUGGAAGCAGAGCUUAAUGAUCUUGAGAAUGCUGAAAGAAACACAUCUUCACUUACUUCAAACUACUCAAAUGAUAUGACCAUUCAUGCUCCUGCUACUCCGGGGACCCACUGGGGAAGCAACACAUCUUCACAUACAACAACAUACUCAAGCAAGCAUGCUCCUAUUACUCAAAAUGACAGUGAGGCAGCACAUCAAGAUUCUUACGACAGUAAUACAACAAACAUACAUGCUCUUGUUACUCCGGGAAACUACUCCUUGAUAAGUAAUGACAGUAAUACCGCCGAACCUACUGAUUUGAGUACAUCUACAUAUUUUUCUCAAUUUGCAUCAUUAUAA